UUCAGAACCAAACCCUUAAUACUUUGUCUCUCAAAAUCUAAAAUCUAGUUUUGGGUUCUGUCGGGGAGAAAGCGAGCUCGUGCCGCAAAAAUGGAAUACACUGAAACAAAAGAAAGAAUCGAAGAAACAGUUCUGAAGAUCUUACAAGAAUCAAACAUGGAUGAAGUCACCGAAUCCAAGAUUCGAAAGCAAGCCUCCACCGAACUCGACCUCAACCUCUCUCAGCCUCCGUUCAAAGCGUUAGUCAAGCAAAUCAUCGAAGCUUUUCUCAAGCAGAAGCAGCAAGAGGGAGAGGAAGAAGAAAAAGUAGAAGAAGAAGAAGAAAAGCCAAAGCUCAGACAAGAGGGAGUUUCCAGUAGAAACAAUAAUGUUUACGAUGAUUCCGGCGAUCUCGUUAUCUGUGAGCUUGGGAAAAAGAGAAAAGUGACGAUUCAGGAUUUUAAAGGGAGAACUUUUGUGUCUAUUAGGGAGUUUUAUAACAAGGAUGGCAAGGAACUUCCUUCUUCUAAAGGAAUAAGUUUGACUGGGGAGCAGUGGUCGACCUUUAAGAAAAGUGUGCCAGCCAUAGAAAAAGCCAUUCAGAAAAUGAAGUCGCGCGUAUAAGAAUGUGAAGAUUUAAGUCUACAGAUUUUAUCCAGUGAACGAGCAAACCGCAUUUUUCACGGUCUCAACACUUAAAUGGACGUGGCUUUGUUUUUUUAGUUUGUAAUCUGAAUAUCCUGCAUCAUGGGUGACCUUUUGAUACCGGACCAUUUUGUCUAGGACAUGAGAUCACUGUGAAUCCUGUUUUGUUCAGUGUACUGCAAUGGGAGUACAACUACUUUAGGAAGAAUUUAGAGAAGGUGCAUUGAAUGCUAUUUAUUAGAUACAGUAAUCUGGUAUUUUCUGUUUCUUUCAUGUUUUACUAGACACGGGCUUUUUAUUUCUAUUAGUUCUUUGUGGUGGCUUAGGAUAAGGGUGAAUAGAAAUCUUUCAUCAA